GAGAGAGAGAGAGGCAGCCCGGGGCGAGGGGAAGCAGCUGUCAAAUGCUCGGCUCCUUUAAGCAGUGCUAUCAGUCGGGCUCGGAGAGUCAUGGCGACCACAGCGUCCAACCAUUAUAACCUGCUGAGCUCCGGCUCCUCCAUCGUCCAUGCGGAGCCCGGCGGCAUGCAGCAAGCCUCCGGCUACCGGGAUGCCCAGACUCUGGUGCAGAGCGACUACUCGCUGCAGAGCAAUGGGCACCCGCUGAGCCACGCUCACCAGUGGAUCACCGCUCUAUCCCACGGAGAUGGAACUCCAUGGUCCACCAGCCCCCUGGGCCAGCAGGACAUCAAGCCCACCGUGCAGCCCAGCAGGGAGGAGCUGCACGGGACAGGCACCUUGCAGCACCAGGGGAGACCUCCUCAUCUGGUCCACCCUGGCCACGGCAACCACCAUGGAGCUGGGGCAUGGAGGACCACCACCUCAGCCCACCUGCCCAGCAUGGCUUCCACCAACGGGCAAGGGCUGAUCUACUCCCAGCCCAGCUUCACGGUCAAUGGGAUGAUCAACCCAGGCACUGGGCAAGGCAUGCACCACCAUGGGAUAAGGGAUGCCCAUGAGGACCACCAUGGAGACCAUGGCCACCAGCAGCAACCUCAGCAGCAGCAGCACCAGGGCCACCACGAACACUCUGAUGAGGACACCCCAACCUCGGACGACCUGGAGCAAUUUGCCAAGCAGUUCAAGCAGAGGAGGAUCAAACUAGGAUUUACACAGGCAGAUGUUGGACUAGCCCUAGGCACCCUCUAUGGCAAUGUCUUCUCCCAGACCACCAUCUGCAGGUUCGAGGCCUUGCAGCUCAGCUUCAAGAACAUGUGCAAGCUCAAGCCUUUGUUGAACAAGUGGCUGGAAGAGGCGGACUCAUCCUCUGGGAGCCCCACCAGCAUAGAUAAGAUAGCAGCUCAGGGCAGGAAGAGGAAAAAGAGGACCUCCAUUGAGGUCAGCGUUAAGGGAGCUUUGGAAAGUCAUUUCCUCAAGUGUCCUAAGCCAUCUGCCCAGGAGAUCACCUCUCUAGCGGACAGUCUACAGUUAGAGAAGGAGGUGGUCAGAGUUUGGUUUUGUAACAGGAGACAAAAAGAGAAAAGGAUGACACCUCCAGGAGGGACAAUUCCAGGGGCAGAGGAUGUAUAUGGAGCUAGCAGAGACACACCACCACACCAUGGGGUCCAAACUCCUGUACAGUGAAUCCUCCAUGUCCCCCUCACCUAGGACUUUUGAUUGUCUUCUUUUUUAUAUGAUCUCAGAACAGCAAAACAAACAAAAAAACAACUAAUGCAGGACACUGAACUAUCUUCUGUGGUAGCCAGUGUAAGUGAUGUUAUUUUGACCUUUACAGGAGACUACCAAACAGUGGAAUAGAGUGAGUAUAUUCAGCCCAUGUCAGGCACUGAGAAGCUUAUCUUGCUAAAAACAAAAAAAAAAAACAGAAAUCCCAGCUAAAAUAUUUUUAUUUUCUAAAAUGACAAACAUUGGCAAACUUGAGAUGGUAGCUUUAUUCACUGAAAUGAUGCUCUUUAUUGAUUGUAGCUGAUGUGGUUAUUUAAUGUGAGACCCAUUUAAAAAAUACAACUUUGACAGUAUUUGUGAUGAGUACCAAUUUGCACUGCAAGGAAGUUUACAAAGAGCCAGUUACCUGAAGAAUCAGUACUCAAACAAACCGUUUUCCAAUUGACUUGCAAAUUGACACAGGGAGCAUUUUUAGCAAGACACAUCAUGGUACUGUGUUAUAAUUUGCUUUUAUUUCUAAUGUGUAUGUGAACUUCUUGUUAUAAAAAAAGAAAUGUUUUUAAAUAUGUGUUAUGCUUAUUUUUAACCCUUGCAAACUGGAAACCAGGCACCUUACAAUACAUAAGCAGGCUGCACAUUGAGGAAAAGACAAACAGAACUUGUGCUAAGAAAGUGUUUUUUUUUAGAAUGCCAAGUAAUUCAAGUAAACUUAAUUUUCAGACAGUUUUCAGGGUCAGAUUAAGAAGAAAUAUAUAUAUAUAUAUAUUGGAUUUAGCAGAUCAGCAGGGAAGCAGAAGGCCCGGGGACUGGGAAGGCUAGAUGAGUCUGUGGAUAAUGUUUAACUACCUGGGAAAAGUAAACUGAAUUUUUAAUCCAACAGUAUUAGAACAAAACCUACAUUAUUUCAACUGGAACAAAUCAAAGUACUUGUAAUCCCUCUGACUGACUUCACAAAG